AUGCUCCAGGGUCCACAGGGUGAGUUACGUUACGGCUCCGUCUCAGGAGCGUGCCCUCGUGCCGCUCCGCCAGAGAUACACUUCAAGUCUAUUUUCGAGGGAGUCCGCGCCCAGCACGCGUCAAUGUGCACAGAAAAGACUGCCCUGGACAGGAAUGUUUUUUGUUGUUCUUACCUCCUCCUUCAACGUGUGAUUCAUGUGUCCUUUCCAGAUGGACUGGCUGCCUUCCGGACUUUCCUGAAGACGGAGUUCAGUGACGAGAAUAUCGAGUUUUGGAUGGCCUGUGAGGAGUACAAAAAAAUCAAGAGCUCUACCAAGCUUGUGUCGAGAGCAAACAGGAUCUUCAAUGAGUUCAUUGAUAUUCAGGCACCGAGAGAGGUAAACAUCGACUACCGCACCAGAGAAAAGACGAAACAAAGCCUAGAAGAUCCUUCUCCAACCAGCCUCAAUGAAGUCCAAGCUAAGAUCUACAGCCUCAUGGAGAAGGACUCCUACCCACGAUUCCUCAGGUCUAAGAUGUACCAGGACAUGGUGAACAGGGCGCAUGCACAAGGCCAGCGGAGGUCUGUUUGACGAAAUCAGUAGAGACCAUGGAGGACAGAAAACUGGACCGACACUGUAAAUGACUCAUUAACCCUUUGACAUCACUGACUACUGUGAAUCUGCAAGGAUGGAGCGACAUGCUUGACUGUGUCCUUUGUCUACACCAGCUCCGUGCAUGCAAUCCCUACAGAAAGACAUGUCAUGGUGGAUUAAACUGUAAAAUACAGA